AUGUUGGAAACAGGCGAUGUGUACAUGCACUACACGUGAUGGGCCGGAUCGAUAUCAGAGAAAAGCCGGUGUGUUUGGUUAAAAAUAACUCCUUGUCUGUGUUUGCUAGAAUUUAGAGUAAAGCGAGAAUUCGUGUGUGCACUUGGGAAAUCGUUUUAGUGAACCGAAAUCGUUCCUUCUUUAUGUUUUUGUUGAUCAUUCAGCUCCAUGAUUGUGCACAACUAAGUACACUACAGUAAACCAGAUAUCAGAUGGAAUCAAGCAUUUCGACUAGCAGAGGAAACAUUCUCUUCACUAAUUUGUUGAUGAAUUGAGGAAAAUUGUUCAUGAAUGCUAUUUCGGAAACAGUGCUUGAACUUGAAUAACAACUGGAACAUUCCUUUUGUAAACAUCUUCUGAAUGUUGUGGAGGUACACGUAGAGUUAAAUACUUCUUCAGAGCAAAGUGAGAGUUACUAUGGAACGAUUGAUGAUGUUUUUUAGGUGACAACAAAUUUGACGUUGAAGCGAUGGGUAACGGUGCGGGCACCAUGGGCCAGGGAGGAAUAACCCUUCCUGCGCCCACCAAAAGCCGCUACAAGGCCUGGCAGAAAUUUGGCAACAUCCGAACCACCCACAUGGCCGUGCUGCGCAUGCAGGGCGGCCAGGCCAACCGGCUGUGGAAAAACACUCGCAGCGAGCGUGAGCCGUGGAAGACGCUGCUCCUCCAAGCCAGGGAGAAGAUCGAAGAAGAGCGCAGUGGGAUCCGGGAUGCCGGCGCCAGAAGCGGGGCCCGGGGGGCGGAGUCCGGCACGGACUACCGAUCGGUCAUGCACGGUGAGGCCGCCGGGAUUCACCUAAAGCGCAACGCCCGAGAAGUUUGGGUUUUCAUCAGCUCCACAUUCACGGACAUGAAACUGGAGAGGAAUUUACUGAUGGAGGACGUGUAUCCGUUCGUCCGUGAGUAUGCCCGUCUGAUUGGACUGUCCUUCAACGCCGUCGAUAUGAGGUGGGGAAUACGACAGACGAUGUGCGAUGCUCACAUGGCUAGUGAGAUCUGUCUAGAUGAGGUGGAAAGAUGCAGGGAGCAUUCUGUGGGUCCGUUUUUCGUCUGCAUCCUCGGCCAGAAGUACGGCUACCGGCCGAUCCCGUACCGCGUGCCCCAGGCAAUAUUUGAGCCGCUCAUUGGGUACAUUGGACGACAAGCUGAAACCGACAGCAAACAGGCCGAAGCUUUGCGGCUCAUGAAGGAGUGGUUUCGUCUGGACACUAACUCUGCUGAUUGCGAAUACGUCAUGCAACCCAUUGUCUGGAAGUUCCCGAACCACAACAACGACCCGAAGCAGCGCGACAAUUGGUGGACGGAGUUCUGCGCCAUGAGGGCGGCCUUCUUCGCAGCGGUCAAGCAGAUCGUCAAUGACCCCGACCUCAAACAGGAGAUCCUGCGGUCCAUCACGGAGGGCGAGAUCGCAAAAGCCAUCGAGGGUCACCACUCGGCCGGCCACUCCCGGUUUCACUUCUUCACCCGGUCUUUCACGGGUUUCAACCUGAAGAUGUCCGGCGCCAAAUACUACGUGGACUGGGACGGGGACCGGGUGGACUCGGAGGCCCUGAUGAAACUGGACAACCUGACCGAGAGAAUUGAAAACAUGACCAGCGAUGACAGAAAUGAAAAGUACAACCUCCACUUUUCGCCGAGCGCCGACGCAAUGUUCAACGACGAAAGGAACAAAGACAACCUGCGAAAUUUCUUGGAUCGUUUCUGCGACUAUCUCGUGAAAUCAAUCCACCGAGGUGCCGUGAACUUAGCGAGUGCCUUGGACGAUCCUCUCUACUCCGAGGUUAUCAGUCACAGCAUCUUCUGCCGCGAGAGAGCAGAUUUCUUCGCGGGACGCGAGAAGUUGAUCGGGAGUGUCAUGGCAUACCUGAAGCGCCCUCACGGCGAAAGGCCCUUCGUGGUACAUGGCUGCGGGGGAAGCGGCAAGUCCUCCCUCCUUGCUAAGGUCAUCAGUCGAUCUCUGGAAUCCUGGAAAGGUUGUGAACUAGGAAGACCCGUUCAACUGAUGCGAUUCAUUGCCAUUACCCCCCACUCUUCCAACAUCCGAGACCUGCUCUACUUCAUCUGUUUACAACUGAGUUACUGCCUUAACCUGGAUCAGGACUCUGUGCCGACUGACUACAAACUCCUUGAGAAGAGGUUUCAUCAACUGCUCGCCAGGGCGACCGCAGAAAAACCUUUCAUGAUCUUCUUGGAUUCCCUGGAUCAGCUCAGUAAUGAGAACGAAGGUCGCGACCUCCACUGGCUCAGGCCCGCCCUACCCAAACAUGUCCAUCUCAUCGUAACGAUACGACCCAACGCCGGGGGUGCUCUGUCGGCCAUGAAAAACAUUGUCAAGCAUGAGGAGUCCUACCUAGAAGUCCAGAGACUAGACGAGCAGGAUCAGAACAGCCUGAUAGACAUGAUGCUGAGCAAGGCCGGCAGGAGGCUGCAACCAGACCAGAAGAGACUGGUGCUCAACGCGCACCACGACAACGACCCGACCCCCUUGUUUACCAGGUUGGCCUGCGAUAUUGCCAUGCGGUGGCGGUCUUACACACCCAUGGAGGAGUGUAAACUAGCCGACAGUACGCCGGGUCUGAUUAGGCAGUUGUUCAAGCAGUUAGAAAUCAAACAUGGUGAGAUCUUUGUACGUCACGCUCUAGGCUACCUAACUGCCUCAACCUCAGGCCUGUCAGCCAGUGAGCUCAUCGACGUCCUGUCAUGUGACGACGUUGUGCUGGAUGAUGUCUUCCAGUAUCACAUUCCACCAAUCCGGAGACUGCCGCCGCUACUGUGGACGCGACUACGGCUGGACCUCGGUGACUACUUGGUUGAAGGCGGUGUGGAUAACUCGGUGGUUUACCGUUGGUAUCACAGACUGUUCUACGAGACGGCCAGACAGAUGUACCUGGAUUCAGCAACUUUGCUACACCAGGCCCUUGCCAUGUACUUCCUCGGCAGGUGGGCGGACACCCCCAAGCCCUACACAGAGAAAGAUUCAGGCAAGGUUGCCGUUGCCCACCGUCGCGUCCAAUCCCAGCCCUUGAUCCUUAACUCCGCCUCAGCCGGCCAGCAUGAGUCCUUCGCAGACAUCGGGGCCGGUGCCAAGCCCAAGACAGUUCACUGGAACCUCAGAAAACUGACGGAGUUGCCACGGCAUCUCGUACGCGGCAACCUGUGGGAAGAGUGUGAGAUGGAGAUGUGUUCAAUACCUUGGCUUGAAGCAAAAUGCCGGACAGGACGUAUCUACAAACUUCUCCUGGAGUUGGCAGAGGCUGCCGACAAGAGCGAGCUGGUCAGCAACAAACUGAAGGAUUUCUACCGGAUGGUGCGAUCCAACGUGACCAUCAUUCAGAAGUAUCCUGAGCUGAUCUGCCAGCAAGCACUGAACGAGCCGGACUCCUCGACAUGCUCAAAUGUGGCCAAGGAGUACCUGGCCGUACGAGGCAAAAACAUGUUCACGUGGUUGGAUCUGUCCAAGGAUCAGAACGAGAAAGCCGAGAUCAUGACGCUGACCCACACUGCUCCGGUCAGGCUCGUCCAGUUCUCCUCUAACUGCAAAUAUCUGGCCACGGCUUGCCAAGACCGCACCGUGAGGGUGUGGAGGGUUGCCAGUGGAGCAUUGGAGGUUACGGCCGAAGCAGACCCCAUCAAGAUGGCGUUCCCCACCCACUGCCACUGGCUGGCUGUCAUGGAGAAGACUGGCGUUAACUUACUGGGUCUGGGUCAGGGAGGCCACGCUAAAGGCAAAUUUGUGCUGCAAAUCCCGAUAGAGCUUGAGCAGCAGGUGAGCGUGUAUAUUCCCAAGACCAACCGGCACAUCUACGUCGUGGCUUUCGGCCGACUGAACGUCUACAGCACAAACGACGGCAAAUUGGUGCAGAAAAAAGAGCUCAAGUGUCGUCCCAAAGCUGUGGCCUUCACGUCCGGUGGGAAACUGCUUGCCAUCGCCUACAAGGAUGUCUUUCUGUGGGACAUGGCCAAAGAAACAGACACCAAGCAUUUCGAGACGGAGAACCUCAAAGCCCAGCUCAACAACUGCAACCUGCAGUUCUCCGGCGACGGCAAGCGGCUGAUGGGCGUGCUACCCAACGGCACGUAUCGCUGGGCCGUCAAGGGUAAUAACACCAAGACCCAGGGCCACAAGUUGUCCCUGACCUGCCAGACGGGGCCCAGCGCCAUGUCCAAGAACUUGGACUUUAUUGCGACGCUCAGCGGAGAGAAUGACUUGAAGGUCUUGCGUCUCCAGCCCUCAUUAGAAUGGUGUCUCCUGCAGGGCCACCAAGGCCCCGUGCUAGCCGCAGACUUCGGCGAGACGCGCAACGAAGACGAACUGCUGGCUACGGGCAGCCAGGACUGCACAGUGCGAAUCUGGGACACGGCGAGCAUCACUAGACACAUCACUGUACAGAACGAGAACCACAAUGGAGCAGUCGACGGCUGCGUUUAUUCAGACGACGGUCGUCUCGCUGUGACGUCAUCCCCGGCCGAUGUGGAUCAUCUGGUGUGGAGUGUCACCACGACGCCUCCCAAGGUCACUCACCACUUGCAGUCCCUGGAGUCAUGCAAGCCGGGCAAGGUGCUGUGCAUGUCAGCCAACUUUGUCGUCGCCUCUUGCAACGGCAACGAUUUCGACAUCUGGAAUCUCAAGAGUCCGCCUCUCAAGACCGACAACAUGGUCAUCAAAGGAACCCAUCGGCUCCUGCCCUACGUCAACCCCCACCUCAUCUUCACCGUCUUCCGUCAGUCCCUCCUGGCCUGCUUCACCACGUCCAACCGUCCCGGUAUCCUGUAUGGCUACGAGAUCCUGCCUGCUGACGCGCUGAGGGACUGGCUGCAGACUCCUGACUACGUACCGGCCUUCCAGUCGUACCCGCAGGACGUCAAGGAGUUCAAACACGGAGCCAACUCACUGGUUCCCGCUGCUGCCCUAAAUGCCGACUGCAGCCGGCUGGUCACUCUGUCCUUCAAGAUGACGGCCGAGCAAAUGAUGGCCUCCACCAUCCGCUUUGACCGGCUGGAGUACCACCAGGCCGCCCCUGAGCUCAGCAUCUGGGACGUCCAGCGACAACACCUCCUCCGAAAGUACCAGUUGGGGAACUCAGUAGGCCGCUGCCACCAAUUAGGAUUCCUGCUGGACAAGUGCGUCAUGUUCUACCAGAAGAAGGUCGAGGGUGCGACCCCAAAGUUCAGGGGUCAAAAGCCAGGGGAAGCAGCAACUGAGACGGUGGUCAUGGUCAUAGGGGUCAACUCCGAGGGCCUGCUAAAGACCAUCCACAUGCCCGGGGGUUACGACAAGAUGUUAGUCCCGGUGGACGGUUACGUCAACCCCGGCCGGACACUCGAGAAGCAGCUGGAGGGAGUAGUCCUGAACAAUGUAACUCCAGAUGGCGUUUUGACCACCUCUAAGGUGGGCGUCGGUCAGCCCGUGGGGAAAUUUAAGCUUCAGGUGGCCAAGGUCACGUCCUAUGCUUUCUCCCCAGACAAUCAGACGGCCAUGGUGGGCUUCGACAGCGGCUACGUCCACUUCUUGCGGAUGUACAAUGCCGUCGGGAAGAACUUCUACAAAUGAAGAGAUAAGGUGUUGCAGUAUUAUGACAAUUUCAUUUUAUCUUAUUCACUUGUGGUUAUUUUUUUUUUAUUUGUAAACCACUUGUUCUGUUACCAAAGAUUACUUGCUUUUUAAAGAAUCAGGGAUGGCAGAUGUUUAUUGGCUCACACUAGGCCAACAAAAGUAUCUCUUAUUUUAAAAUAACAGGUUUUGUUUGUAAAUAAUAUCGGUUUUGUGUAAAUACCAACAAAUCUUUAUUAUAUGCCCCAAAAAACUCGAUAGUAUUAUGAAUUUGUGCGAACUAUUUCACAGUAAAUUCCACACUUUAAUACAAGUUGAAAUGUGUUGGAUUGAAUAGAGAAUUGACAAUCUAAAGACCAAAGAGACCUCGUACAUGUUGAUAAAUUCUAGGCAUUGAAUUUUAUUUGAAAAGUUUUAAUUAUGUCAAUGUGCGGUGGUAGAUAUAUAUUGAUAAUUGAGUCUAGAAAGUGGGUGAAGUUAGGUUUGUCAUUUUGAUAUUUUAGUGUCUUCUAGAAAUCUGGAAAUAUUCGAAAUUUUGUGUGUGUGGACAAAAUUAUGUAAUCAAAUUAAAACAGUUACUCUGAUUAACAUUAAAAGUUUUCUUUACUAACUUGCCAUGUGACAAACUUGCAGAGUAAUACUUAUAUAUUAAAGAUAUCAUCUUCAUUAAUAUUCCGUCCAUCUGUUUAUGUUUUGCAGGAAUGGAGCGCAAGUCUGGUGUGAAGAUUUUCAAUGUGUGUGGUAACAGCAUUGAUAUCGCCUUGAAGGAUCUUUUUGAGUGGUAAAAAUGUAAAAUGUGCCUUUUGGUAUAUUUUUUUUGUGCCUUAUCUUUCAUUUUGUGCUUUCAGGCAUACAAAAAAUAAAUUUAACGUCAAA